AUGGCCCAGAAGUCGGUGGACAUCGUGUCUUCCCACUGGGAUCUCAACCACAGUCACCCAUCGGCGUGUCAGAUGAAAGAACUUGGUGUCAUCUUCUACAACUGCAGCUGCCUGGUCCUGGAUUUGCAAAGGAUCUUCGCUUUAUAUAGUUCAUUGAAAUUCAAGAGCAGAGUGCCCCAGACCUGGUCUAAGAGGCUCUAUGGAGUCUAUGACAAUGAGAAGAAAUUGCAGCUUCAGUUGAACGAAACCAAAUCUCAAGCCUUUGUGUCGAAUUCCCCCAAACUCUUUUGCCCUAAAAACAGAAGCUUUGACAUCGACGCCAUCUACAGCGUGAUAGACGACGCCAAGCAGUACGUGUACAUCGCCGUCAUGGACUACCUGCCCAUCUCCAGCACAAGCACCAAAAGGACGUACUGGCCAGACUUGGACGGGAAAAUAAGAGAAGCGUUAGUUUUGCGAAGCGUUAAAGUUCGACUCCUGAUCAGCUUCUGGAAGGAAACGGAUCCCCUGACAUUUAACUUUAUUUCGUCUCUUAAAGCUAUCUGCACUGAAAUAGCCAACUGCAGCUUGAAAGUU